AUGCUUUUCGAACGCCAUCCGUCAACUUCAAUCCAUCCAAAAGCGUGCGGCAUCAACCAGCGUACGACCGAGAUUCUUCGUGUCAUGGGAGUAGAAGAGAAUGUCUACGCCAUUGCAGCACCGGCCGAGAUAGCCGGACGAACCGCCUGGUAUACGUCGCUUGGAGAAGAGGGGAAAGAAGUGUUCUCCAGAGAUGCGUGGGGAGGCGGCCAGUACGCAGCGGAGUACGCCCAGCACAGCCCGUCGAGAUACUGCAUUCUGCCGCAGAUAAAACUGGAACCGAUCUUGAAACGACGCGCCGUGGAGCUGAAUCCUCAUCAAAUCUUCUACGGGAAUGAGGUGUUGACGACAGAGGACCAUGGCGAAUUUGCGGAAGUUACUGUAAGGAACCUCCGCACGGGUGACGUUUCCCGACACAGAGGGACGUACGUGAUCGUUGCGGAUGGCGGUCGUCAGUUCACAACACAACUGGGAGUCGAGUGGAGCGGCGAGGGCGACCUCUUGACCAUGAUAAGCGCACAUAUCCGCUCUCCGAUCAGAGAUCUGCAUCCCGAUAAUCGCAACUUCAUAACGUGGUUCACGAACCCAGCAAUGGGGGGCAGCACGCUCACCGGCUACCUUUAUCAGCUGGGACCCUGGCCGGAAGCGAUGACCAGUCCAGAAAUAGAGGAAUGGAUGUUUGUCUGCGCGCAGGCAGCAGACGACCCGACCAAGUUUGAUGCUGAGACGGCUCUGGCUCGAGCGAGGAAGACCAUCGGCAUACCGGACCUUGACAUGAAGCUGAUCUCCUUGAGUGAGUGGACGGUGAAUGCUCUUUACGCAUCGCAAUGGCGUGUUGGACGCCAUUUCCUGGUGGGCGACAGCGCUCACCGCAUUCCACCAUGGGGCGCCUUGGGAAUGAAUUCUGGCAUACAAGACGCAAAUAAUCUCGCGUGGAAACUGUCCAUGGCCCUCAAGGAUCCAGGCAGGCAUUAUGACAGUCUCCUGGACACUUACUACGAGGAGCGCGCAGAGGUCGGAAAACGAGUCGGACAGACCAGCCUCAACAACAUGCGCUCUCACUCAGGCCAGAUUGAUCGUGUUAUGGGGAUUAGCGCGUCGCAGAGUCAAGCCGAGAACCUCGCAGCAGGUGCGGCAUUCUUCGACAAAGGGCACCCCGAAUACGCAGAGAAGCAGCGACUUAUCCAGUUGGCAUCACAAGCGCUCGAUACCGAGUUCAAAGCACCAGGGUACGAAGUAGGCUGGUUCUAUCCAAGUGCAGAUAUCAACUCUGAAGGUGGAGCGACGCAUGGGGGACAACAGCUGGCAGACGGCACACUAGUACAUCACACGUACUACAUGUCGACGAUUCCAGGGCAUCAUCUUCCCCAUGCGUGGGUGACGCGCGACGAUAGGACAGUGGCAUUGCGUGAUCUUUUGGACUUGGACGCACUGACCCUAUUUGUAGAGAAUACACUGGAGGAGAGGAUCGACGAACACAGGGUGAAAGUGGUGGUUGUUGGAAGAGAUGGAUGGCAAGACCAGACCGGGCAAUGGGAGAAGUACCGCGGUGUAGACUGGUCUGGCGGCGUGCUUGUCAGGCCCGACGGGAUUGUCGCUUGGCGAGGAUCAUUGACACAAGCCAGAGAUGAAGGCUGGACACGGCUUGUCGACAGAAUUUUGAAAGUCGUUAACAUGGAUGCAACAAUCGAGUGGUUCGGUGCUACCACGUUUCGCGUAAAAGCCAACGGCCUCGUCAUCUUUUUGGACACAUGGCUUGAGCGACCAGAUGUCCUGCCGAAAGUGUUGGCUAUCGACGAUGUGACUGAAGCGGAUUACAUUUUCAUCUCCCACGCACAUUUUGACCAUCUUCCCGGAGCCGACAAGAUCGCAAUCAAAACCGGAGCGCAUGUUAUUGCUAACGGCGAAGCUAUCAACGUCCUUCGGCUAGCUGGAGUGCCCGAAGACCAGUUGAUCCCGGUAUCUGGCGGCGAGCGCAUCCCUCUUUUUACUCUCGAGCGUCGUCAAGCAGCAGCUCGUGGUGAAAUUGACAUCGCUCCUGGGCCGCCAGGCGCCCCUGAGGCUCCAGAUGCUAAAUUGGCCGCGGCUUCCGUCCAUGUCUGGCCUUCAUUGCACUGUCUGAUGCCUGGUGGGUCGCAUGCUGAUGUGCCCGCGAUCAUGGAUACAGGCAAAGAGUAUAUUGGAGGAGCAAGCCAGUACGCUUGCACACUGGACAUCACAUUCGGUAUGAAAUACGGCCUCCUAAAGAUCGGCGACCACAUGCCUCGCGACGCUAUGGACUCGGGCAUGCGCUCUUUCGUCGACUACGUCAACGGUCCGGCGAGGGACUGCAUGUCUCACUUUGACGGAGGGCAGCUAAUGCACAACUUCCUGUUUGGAGAGGGCAAGACACUGCUGUGGAACGGGCACCUGGGCGGGUACGAUGGAAUAUUGAAGACGGUGCAGCCACAGCCAGACGUGCUCAUUCAGGCGAUUGCUGGGCGGGCGAACCUGAACGGGCGACCGUUUGAUGGAUCGGCGGCGCAGUUCGCGGUGCAAGUGUCGAAACUUCUGGGAGAGCCCAAGAAGGUGAUUUGGUGCUUGCAUGAUGAGGCGCCGAUCAAGCCGUGGACGGUGGAUGUAAGUCCAGCUACGCAAGCGGUUGAGAAGGAGACGAGUUCUAAGGUGACCUCAUUGCAACUGGGCAAAUCGGAUGUACUAUUCUGA